GGUCCUUUCUUCAGAAGUUUCCCAAAUUUAUUAGAAUUAAAGAAUACAAAUCAAGUUAUAAAAACUAAUGCAAGGAAUUGUACGAUAUUACCAAACUUUGUUGGUAUGAAAUUUGCAGUCCAUAAUGGUAAAAAUUAUAUACCAAUACAAGUAACUGAAUCAAUGAUAGAUUAUAAAUUCGGUUUCUUCGUACCAACGAGGAAGAAGUUUAGUUAUAGA